AUGCCUGGUAGUCAAUCGCACGAGUCUGAAGAAGAGCGACAGGCUCGCCUGUCGGAUCCGGAAAUUGAUGAUGGAGAGGCAGAAGAAGAGGAAGCGGCAGACAAUGACGAAAACUAUGAUUAUCUACAGGCAACUCGGAGACUGGACGCGGAGGAGUUGCAAGCGGAAGAAGAAGGUGAAAGAUUAAUUGAUGAUAAUGCAGACGAUGGUUUCGUCUUUGGCAUGAAAGAUGCUGAGAAAGAAGCAGCAGCAUUUUAUGCAGCUGGUUUAAACGCCGAUCGCGAAGACUCUGAAUUGCUUGAUGACUCGGAAAUAAUAAUUGAUGAAAAUAAAGAAAUUAAGGCUAGAAGAGCAGCAGAGAGACACCUGAGAGCAAGAGAGAGAGUAAAACAAGCAUCAGGAGACAGAAGAGAUAAUUUGCUGGCCGACUCAAAUCCGCGUUUAGUUGCGUUUGGGGAGGAACACCAACAGGCAUUAGAUACUCUAUUUAGGUAUUUUCUCUAUAAUUUUUCUCUUUCUGCUUACAAGAGCCAAACGCUCGUAGCGCAUGAAGAAGGAGACACCGAGCAGCAGCAGCAGCAACAGCAGCAGCAGCAGCAGCAAGAGGAGUCAGGGACGCCUUAUUACCUUGAGAAGAUUAAUCAGCUUAUCCUUGCUGACAAGAGAAGUUUAACUGUCGAUGUCCGCCACCUUCUAUUUAUCUCUGAUCAAAUUAUUCGCUGGCUGGAGCUGCACCCCACACCAGCACUUCAGGUAAACAGCAACAGCAGCAGCAGCAACAGCAGCAGCAGCAGCAGCAGCAGCGAAAGCAGCAGCGGAAGCAGCAGCAACAGUAGCAGCAACAGUAGCAGCAACAGCAGCAGCAACAGUAGCAGCAACAGCAGCAGCAACAGUAGCAGCAACAGCAUCAGCUGGAGCAGCAGUCAUAGCAGCAGUAGUAGUAACAGCAGUAAUAGUAGUAGUGGUAGUAGCAGCAGCAGCAGCAACAGCAGCAACAGCAGCAGCAGUAGCAGUAGCAGCUGUUUUGUAUCGGAUGCUCCUCUGCAGAUUGUAGAGGGGCAGAAGCAUAUACCUCUUCCCAAACGAUGCCCCAACUGCCAAGGGUCUCGUUUUACGGUUGAUCGCCUUAAAACAUCAUACACGGAUGUACAGAGACUCACGUUACAGGAGUCUCCUUCUCAAUGUCCUCCAGGGCGUCCUCCUCGUCAGCGCGAAUUAUUAUUAUGCGGGGAGUUAGUGGAUGCAGUGCGCCCUGGGGAAUCUAUAGAAGUUGUCGGGGUGUAUCGAACGAAAUUAGAAAUAAGUUUAAAUGCUAGGAUCGGAUUUCCUGUGACAGCUACACAAAUAUUAGUAAAUAAUAUCAGCAGCAGCAAGCAGGAGCUCGUCAAAGAAAUUACAAAUGAAGAUAUUGCUCAAAUCAAACAGCUCUCAAGACACCCCAAUAUAAGAGAACGUAUUAUUGCUUCUAUUGCACCUACUCUAUGCGCUUCUAAACAAAUUAAAACUGCAAUUGCUUAUGCUUUAUUUGGAGGAGUACCUAAGGGAAGAGAUAUUUCUGCUAAUGAAGCUCAAGGUAACAGCAGCAGCAGCAGCAGCAGCAGCAGCAGCGGCUCUCGUCCAUCUGUUGCUAAUGCUGCUGCUAAUACUGCUGCUGGUGCUGCUGGGGCUUACGGUGAAGAUCCUAAAGCUACAGCAGGGCAGCAUGUCAUUAGAGGAGACAUCAAUGUGCUGCUGCUCGGUGAAUGGAGUCUCGAAGGAGGUGCGUUGGUGCUUGCUGACGAGGGCAUAUGUUUAAUCGACGAGUUCGACAAGAUGACGGAGCACGAUCGGGUGUCUAUACACGAGGCGAUGGAGCAGCAAAGUAUUUCUAUCAGCAAAGCAGGCAUCGUUACGACACUCAGAGCUAGAUGCGCUGUCAUUGCUGCUGCUAACCCCAAAUUCGGUCGGUAUAUACCUUCUUAUACUUUUCGGGAGAACGUAAAUCUAAGCGACCCGAUUUUGUCGCGUUUUGACAUUGUUUGCGUUUUAAGAGAUAUUCCUGAUGCAGAUGAAGAUUUUUCUUUAGCUGAAUAUGUCUUAACUAAUCAUCAGCUGCAUCACCCUAACGUAGGAGUGCUGCAGCAGCUGCCGCAGCAGCGAGUGCAGCAGCUAGAAGAAAAAAUUAAAGCAACAGAGGCUCACGAACCUAUUAAUCAAGAAUUACUUCAAAAAUAUAUCUUAUACGCCAGGACCUACUGCCACCCUACCUUUGACACCUCUCUGUCAUCAGUCAGCGCUAAACUUUCAAACUUUUACGCAAAAAUGCGAAGACGUGCUUCCACCUCUGGCGGCCUUCCGCUGACUUUGAGACACGUGGAGUCUCUUCUUCGUAUAGCGGAGGCAAAUGCGAAGAUGCGGCUGUCUCCGGUGGUUUCGUCUUUAGAUGUUGACUUCGCAAUUGCUGCUGUGCUCUCUUCUUUCAUAUCUUCUCAGACUUUUGCAGUGCAGCAAAAACUCUCUAGAGAAUUCGCGAGAUACACCGCGUUGGCGACAGGUGGCUGGGCGACGCUCGCGGCGCUGCUGCGGCGGCUGCUGCAGCAGCGGCUGCAGCGUGCUACUCUUCUGCAGCAGCAGCGGCUGCAGCAGCAACAGCAGCAGCAAGCAGGGGGAGAUGCGGAGGGCUCCGAGCAGCUGCUGCAGCAGGAAGAUAUUGAAAAAGCAAGAAAGGUGGACUUCACAGACUUCUUGCGGCUGGCGACCCAACACAAGUUUAGUGCAUAUCAAGUCGAACAGUGGCUCGCUUCGAAUUCCUUCAAAGCCCAAUUCUCCGUCAUCGAGGAAGAUAACUGCAAACGGCUUGUCAGCAACAACUGGCGUAGAGAAACACCCAGCCAAUCCACUGCAGCAAGAUGA